CUUCAAAGACCAAAGGGUUCUGUUUGGUUAAUCAAAAAAUUCUAGCCGCAAGCAAUAGAAAGUGAGAGAAAAUUUUUGCGCGCUUAGAGACCAAUGGGGAGUGAAGGUAGAGAUAGGAAUGGCGAUGGUUAUGGCGGUGGACAACAGGCUUCUGCGGAGCAAGGAGUACCGGCAACGGCGAAAAAGUUGGUGCAGAGCGUGAAGGAGAUCGUGAACUGUUCGGAGCAGGAGAUCUACGCUGUGCUCAAGGAUUGUGAUAUGGACCCUAACCGCGCUGUAGAGAGGCUUCUGGCUCAAGAUACGUUUCGUGAGGUGAGGAGUAAACGUGAAAGAAGAAAAGAGAUGAAGGAGGUGUUUGAUUCAAGGGCAAGGGGUAAUAAUGUGGGGUUGAGUCGUGGAGGCAAAACUGGCGCUGGCGGUGAUCGUAAUGUUGUGCGGAGUAGAUUAACACAUGUGACUUAUAAUGAGCAUAUUAAAGCCAAUGACAAGGGAGAGGGUGGGUCAUUAUGUCCUUCAGUUACGCCAUCCAUAACUCCUGUUGUGCGGAAAAGUACAAAAAGUGAUUAUUUUAGUACUGAUAAUGGAAGACAGUCAUCAGGAACAGGUGACUCCGUGGCAGAUUCUACCCAAGCCUCGCCAAGACUUCAACCCUCAAUGAUAGGAGUGAGCAAAGGACGUCUGUCAAUGGCAGACAUUGUAAGAAUGGGUAGAACAUCACAAGAUGCUGUUUCACAUACACACUGCAAUUCCUCUGGAGAUUUGGCAUGUGGAAAUUCAGAGUCAAGCUUAGGUCUUUCCUGUCAAAAUCAUUCUGAGAAACAAAAUUUUCAUGAUGAUUGCUCUGUAAUGGAACAACCAAUUGCUAGAAAUUCACAGACACUAAACAUGUCUGCUUCAAAUGCUAAUAAUGGGCUGUUCGAGUAUCCUAGCUUGCAUUCUACUGCAGUUUGUUUACGCAGGAACUGCGAAUUAGAUGCGGCCCAAGCUUCAUGGGGGAAUGUUAUUUGUGAUAAUGUUAUUUCCAAAAAAGUUGAAUCUGCUUGUAUGCCUAGCAAACAUACUAUUUUGAGUAACAAUGAUGGAUUAGGAUCUCAUUCCAACCCUAACUUAAGGAAUACUCUUUCCUCUGAUCUUCAUAGUUCUUAUGAACAUUAUGAAGAUGUGUCAUCUGCUGCUUCAAUUCUCCAGCGGCUAAGUAUAGGAGAAUCUAAACAGAAAUUGCCAACGUUUGAAGUUGAAGAUGACCCGACAGUGGUCAUUCCAAAUCAUUUACAAGCCUUGGGUGCUGACUGUUCAUAUUUGAGUUUUGGUACAUACAAUGGCGGCAGUAGUUCUGCAUCUUCUGCAAUUCUUAUAUCUAAUCAUCUUUCCAAAAGUGGCUUGGAAGAAAAGUCUGCAGCAGUAGAUGAUUCUCCGUCUCAAUUCCUGGACACAAGAGGAACAGCAGGUGAUAUAAACUGUGACUUCCUUUCAUCUCCUAAGCAAGGGUUUGUGAAGAAUAUUGUUCCUGAGGAAACUCUAGAGAAUGAGUACAAAAUUACAGCAUGUGUAUCAGAUUCUAGUUUGCAAAAUUCCCACUGGGUGAAUCCUUCACAACCUCUGAAGCAGCCUGGCUUGCAGAGUGGAAACCAUUAUACUUAUCCAACAGAACUAUAUGCUGACUCAAAUUCAAUACGUGAUGAUGUGUUGGCAUUCCUAAUGUCACAAUCACAACCUUCUAGACACAAUAAUGCAGUAUCAUCUAUAAGAAAUGCUGCCUUCCCUAUGUCAGAGGUCAUGGAGCCAGGCACCUUUGCUCUACCUAAGGGAUCUGCAUUUCCCCAGGAUCCUACUGUGCAAUCCUCAAUACACUUUCAUCAAUUACCUAACACAAAAGGAUAUCUAUCCCUGUCCCAGAAUCAGUCAUACAUUCCAACCACAAAUUCACAGAAAGCAUUUUCAGGCAAUACUGGAUAUAAUCAAUCUCCAGCAGAUGUGAAGUACAACUUUCCACCAAAUAGAAAUGAAUUCCUCACAAGUAGAUUGCCUCCUGCGGCUGCCAGAAAUGCAAUUGGUUAUGGAAAUCUUGGUUCUUCCUUUUUAAGUCCUGGAAGCUUGCUGUCUAAUCCAUCACCUGGUUAUAUGAUGCCUUCUAUUAACUUAGAUGAGACUUUACCUUCUCGGUAUAAUGCUGGACAUAGAAUAAGCUCUAUUCAGCAGCGUGGUAGGAUUUCAAAUUGGGAUUAUGGGGCUGAAUCAAGAUUUCUCCCGGAGAGAACCCAAUAUAACUUCACGGGGCAGCCAAAUCAGGCUUCUCUGUCACAGUUUGCAAGUCCUGGAUAUGCUGACCUUCAUUCUCAGAAGCGGGUUUUGGAAGAACGUCAGCAACCAGGUGGUUUUCAAGGUUUGUCAUCCAAGCAGUUGCAUCAACUUUGGCAGCACAGUCACUAACAAUACAAGUCCUGCGCGUUUUUUCUCCCCCUUUUUUUAAUGAGAAAUUAUUGUAGCAGGUUUAGGUGAAUUAAGGUGUUAUUUUCAUUCAGAUGGUUGAGCGUUAAUUCAAUUGUACAUACUUAAAAGAGAAUCUAACCUGACUUCUAUAGUUUUGACUUGCGUUAAUUUUAUUGUAAUACUGGGGCCAUCGUUUACUCUCAUGGUAGCAUUCCUUUUGGGGGGUUAUUUUCUCAACCCAACCGAAUUGUUAUCUCAAGAU